AUGUUCAAGCCCCACUUACUGAGAUGCCUGACCUUACUCUGCUGUUUGAGGGUUUUCUUUGGGUCGCUUCCACGUGAUGCUAACAAACCUGAUAAAGUACUCAUUCAUGAAAAUAACAAUGUUGUGGAAAUUGUGCAGUGCAGGAUGUGCCACCUCCAGUUCCCAGGAGAAAAGUGCAGCAGAGGUAGAGGAAUAUGUACUGCAACAGUAGAAGAGGCCUGCAUGACUGGAAAAAUCUUCAAAAAGGAUGGUACCAUGUGGUUAAAAUUCAUGGGCUGCUUAAAGAACUGUGCUAAUGUGAAAAAAAUAAAAUGGGGCAUCUAUCUGGUGGACUUCAGAUGCUGCCGGGGCCACGACAUGUGCAAUGAAAGGUUUUAG